CUCUCGGACUUUUCUCACUGUACCUGCAGGUGGGCGCCGGGAGCAUGUGCACAGACUGAUACAUCUGUCCAGAGAUUGCCAGCGAGCUGGAAAAGCACCUGAUCCCAGAAACACUGUUAUAGCCGGUAGCGCUUUGUAGCAAUUUAAGUUUCAGUUUCAGUGACUUUAGAUUGAGACGAGGACCUCUGCUUUUGCGAGAAUGCAUUCUGCUGCGAUUUUAGCGGGAGUCUUUCUGUCGCUUCUCCAUCAAGUGUGCCCACAGGAGAUCAUCACCAGCCAGUAUGGAGAGACCAUUCACAUCCCGUGCGGUCCUCAAGACUCGCGCUCUGAGGAACCGUUUCUUAUCAAGUGGAAAUACGAGGAUAAGGUGGACGGCACAUCAGGUGAUCUUCUGGUGAAGCGGAAGACAAAUGCCACAAUCACUGCCUCUGAUGAGUUUAAGGGCCGAGUGUCCAUCGGCAAGGACGACAGCCUCCUCAUCACUAACGCGGUCCUCUCCGACCAGAAGACCUACACCUGUAUGAUGGUGAUGAUCUCGGACAUCUCCGAGCACAGCAUGCAAGUGCUCAUCCGCAAAUCCCCCGAGACAGUGGAGCUCACGAACAACCCGGCUGCCGUGGAAACGGGCAAACGGACCACGAUUGGAGAAUGCAGUGCGGACGAUGCCAACCCUGCAGCCAAGCUCACGUGGUACAGGAACGACAAGCCUCUAGAGCAUGAUGGCAAAGGCAUUGUGAUCACGGUGUCAGAGACCGUAGAUGCAUCAACGGGGCUGACCAGCAGUGUGUCCGAGCUGCAGUACUCUGUGGAGAAGGAGGACAUGGGGGCGCUGUUCUCCUGUGGGGUCCAGGACUCCGCCCUCAGAUCCAAAGCUGUAAACUUCACCAUCAACUACCCCACGGAGAAGGUCAGCCUGGAGGUUGUGACACCUGGGCUCUUGCUGGAGGGUGCUGACGUCAUGCUGAGGUGCCGUGCCGACGGGAACCCCCCUCCUUCCAGCUACGUCUUCUACCUGCAGGGAAAGGAAGUGACUGUGGAGGACCAGACCUCCUACACGCUGACAGGCGUCACACGGGACCAAUCAGGAGAGUACAAGUGCUCCCCCAGCGGUGACACCAGCCUGGUCGCCUCCCACAACAUCACCGUCCACUAUCUGGACGUGGCUCUGAGCCCAUCUGGGAAGCUUGUGAAGGCUGCGGGGGAGCCUCUGCCCAUCACCCUGGAGAAAGACGCCUCUGGCAAGGUCACUGUGGCCUGGACAAAGAACAACGCCAGUCUGACAGAGGAGCCCCAGUUUGAGCGGCUAAAGUACUCAGACUCAGGGCUGUACGAGUGCAAGGUGUCCAUGGGAGACCUUGUGUCCACACACUCCUUUGAGCUGCUGGUGGAAGGAGCGCCUGUGAUCACCAGCCUGAAGGAGGAGCUGAGCGCUGAUGGAGCCCACAAGGUGCUGAGCUGCGAGGCUGAGGGCUUCCCCAAACCCACUGUGGAGUGGAGCGGCAUCAACGGCACCAAUGUGGAAGAAAGUGACUAUGUUGACGGCAGGGUGACACAUCAAUUGACCGUAGUGCCCAGAGCUAACCUGACAGUCACCUGUCUGGUCAUGAACAACCUGGGAAUGGACAGCAAGACCACUGAGGUGUCAUCCUUAUUGGUCAGUCACAUUGAUGACACAGAGGUGAAAAGAAUGGACAAACAAGACCAGACGGAGGAGUCUGGCGACCCGGCCAAGCUGGCGGUAGGGAUCGUUCUUGGUCUCAUCCUCGUUACGCUAGCCCUGGGCCUGGGCUACUGGUUUUACAUCAAAAAGUCAAAACAAGGCAGCUGGAAAACAGGGGAGAAGGAGGCUGGCAACACGGAGGAGAGUAAGAAGCUGGAGGAGGUUCCCCAGAAGGCCGAGGUGUAGACGGAACAGGCGCGUGCACACGCAGGCACUGAAUGUGAAUCGGAGUUGCGGAGUUGUGACGGCGUGUCUGAUGUUGCCACAUGUUCUGUAGUUAGUUGUGAAAGCCAUUCCCUUCCUCCAUCUCCCCUUCCCUGCGCCCCGCAGAUGCCCUCAAAUAUGCCCCAAAUACCCCACUUCACCCCCCAUCCCUCAGAUCUGCCCCAAAUACCCCACUCCACCUCCCCAUCCCUCAGAUCUGCCCCUUAAGUUCACAAGUGGUUUUGUUUUCCUUCACUUUCAUCAUGGACCAAGUAAAUUAAAAUAAAUAAGCAAAAUAAUUAAUUAAUAAAUAACUAGGUUAAAUAAUUCUGUGUUAGCUUUUGGUCUGCUGAUUAGCUAGGUUAUGUUCCUGUAGCUCCUGGCCCCUGUGCUCAUAGUAUUGGAGGCUGAUCAUAUUCCCUUACACAGAACCGAUGUCCCAGAUCACCACCUGUGCUGAUGAAAAAUGUAAAAUAUGUUUAGGGUUUGUUCAAAAAUCUCACCUGAUGUCAAAGAGAGACGUGAUGUAGCUGUUUUUGUUUUUGUUUUUGUUUGUGAUUGUGAAAGUGAUUGUGAAGCCCCACUGUUACUGGCUGAUGGGGUAAGAGAGCUGAGCAGGAGGGGGUGAGAGAACACUGCCUUGAGGGCAGCAGGCUCCAGAGCCCUACCGAUCCACUUCUGAUUUGAUCCCAAGCCACACCUGCUCUGAAGCGGAUGUGGUUUUGAUCUGGUCUGGAACUGGUCCAACCCACUCUAAUCCAGUCCUAGUCUAAAGGGGAUCUACUGAUCUGACCCACUCUAAUCCAGUCCUGGUCUGAAGGGGAUCUACUGAUCUGACUCACUCUAAUCCAGUCCUGGUCUGAAGGGGAUCUACUGAUCUGACUCACUCUAAUCCAGUCCUGGUCUGAAGGGGAUCUACUGAUCUGACCCACUCUAAUCCAGUCCUGGGCUGAAGGGGAUCUACUGAUCUGACCCACUCUAAUCCAGUCCUAGUCUGAAGGGAUCUGGUCCAACCUGCUCUGCAAUCAUCUGCUCUCUGACACACCUGUGGAGGUCCUCUCCCCCAGCCUGCUGAUCUGAGGCGUGUGACUCUAGUUGCUGUAGGUGAGGGUCCAUCACAAGACACACACACAGACACCAGAUAGAGUAGAAUCGGCCUUUCAGAAGGUGCUUGUGUUCUGUCAUUAGUGAAGAGAAAUGUAUGAUAAUGCCUAUCAGUGUCGGAUGUUACAUGGUGUCUCUCUAGCAUUUUGUUUUAGUGGCAUUUUUGUGUUUGUUUGUUUGUUUGUUUGUUUCCAAUGCUGCACUGUGUAUAUGCCUUUCAGACUGUGGUUUUGUCUCUGGGAAGUUACAGCAGUCAUAAGUGGUGCAGAGUUCUACUUAUCAUCUUGUGUGUUUGAAUGGCCUCGAGUCCAGAGCUGGGCUGCCUCUGGCCCACACUCGGCUCACCUUCGGCAUGGAAUCAGCUGUGCUCUGAGCAGUCCAGCGCGCCUCAUCAUUUUCAUGAUCACUUAGGAGCAUUUCCUUACGUGUAAAUACAGCAGACACUUUUCUAUGUUUUUCUCUGUUUUUGUGCUCUAUUUAUAUUGUUCAGGUUAAACGCUGUUUGUGUGAGGCAGGUUUGUUAGCUAGGAUUAUUAAUCAAUCAGUUGUCUCUGAAACAUGAUACCUCCAUAAACAUUCAGAAGUACAGAACAACUGAAGGUUCUUACUUGCAGGCAUGAAGAACAUGGGAAGUUACAUUUGCUAGGUUUUGUGUCCCACACCUUAGUUGCAGAAUCCACUAGUGAAAAAAACAUGUUCUACUUUGUCAACUCAUUUCCUGUUGUAGCUUUACAUUUUUGCAUUGAAAAACAGAUUGGCAGAAAAACCAAAGACAGUGAAUGAGUCCAUGCAAGUACUGUAAAUACUGACUAUUGUUUUUGUACUUUUGUUUAAAAUAAAGUGUACAUUUCGAGGAAAAAGUGCUCCAUACA